CAAUAUGGCUGUCCAAAGUUUAUUUACGUUUUGUGUUUUGGAAUGAUGUUCUGUAAAUUAGGCUUUUGUUUCAAUGAGAAUGUGUCAAAAAUGUUUGAAAUCAAAUGUUUUUGCUUGAUCCCCUCAUAAUCAUCCGACUGGAUAAAGCUGUCAGGGUUGGUUAAGAAAAAUAAAAAAUAGUUCAGUAUUGUAACAAUGGACUAUAAAUUUGUUGCUAGUCGACAACUUAAAUGUCUACUAAAUGAUGCAGAAACCAAACAGAAGCAAGAUAUUCAUGCUUACACAAUGGGUCAUUUGAAUAGUUCAAAACUUAGACAACCCCCAAAAUUACUGUCAGAGCAAAGAGGAUGGAAAACAGGUCCUCCAAGUUCUAGUUUGUUAACAUUAAAACACAGUGAUAAGACCUAUGUAACCAAAGUUCCUGUUCGGCAAAAAGAAAUGAAAGAUGUGUUAUAUCAAUUUAGUACAGGUACGACUGGCACUUUGCCCAGCUACAAAUGUGAAAAUGAUGUGAAAAAACUGUUAUUUCUUCAAGAAAGUUUGUCAAAUGCAGAAGUUCCUGAACCGAAAUCAAAGUACAUUCCUGAUGGUGUGUUGAUUGAAGAAUUAGAUGCCCAAGAAAUAUGUAUGCAUUCACCAAAAUCUCUAACAGAAACAUCAGAUGAUACAACUGAUAUGGAGAUGAAUUUUAAAACUUUUCCAAAAACUGAAACUGCAAUAAAUAAUCCCCUCAGGCACUCUUUUAUACCUGGUCAAAGUUCAGGAAUCACUAAACAAGAUCAGUACCGAACAUACCGACAAUUUGAAUCUAGUAUUAUUAGAAAGAGAGAAGCUCAAGAAACUAAAGUUUUAUCUGGAAAUCAAGCUGUAUUUCACCAUGAAAAUCAUUUAAGACAGGGACUCUCUACUUUAAAAGGGCAUGUUUCUGGUCCUAAUUUUCACAAGCUACAAGUUCACAGUAAUGUAUUUGAUGAUAUCACAGAAGAAAGUCCUACAUUUAAGUUUAUCUUACAGGACAUUAAGUCUGCAUACGAUGAUUACAUCAGCAAAUUAUUAGAUACACAAACAGCUAAACAUCAGUUAUUACAUGAUCAAGUUGAACAAAUGGCUGCCAAUGCUAAAACACAACCAGAAGAACUUGAAUUUGUCAAAAAUAAAGUGGAAGAUUAUGAAAUAGAGGCAAAAUGGUUACUGGAGGAAAACCAAAGGUUACGUGAAGCAGUAAGAGAAGAAACAGAUUUAUUAGCAUUGACUCCAGAAAUAGAACCCAUACCCAAGGUGAUUAGUGUGCGGAAUGAUGAACCUCCAGCAGAAUUAUCAGAAGAGUUACAACACACCAAAGCUUUAAUAUUAGAGAAAAUGGAUGCAUUGAAUAAAUUACAUGCCAAUUUACGUGAAGAUCAUGUUCCAUUAACUGUUUGUACACAUUUAGAACAAUGUAUUAAAGAGACAGAGAUUGAAGUACAGAAGUUAUUAAAACAAAAUGAAUAUUUUGAGAAAAGUAUUAAUGAUAUGGAACAUGAUUUAAAAGAAGCAAUUACAGAUGCAGAUACCAGUGAAAAAGAUGCAAGGAGAAUCUGGAGAAAGGUGAAUUCAUUACGAGCUCAACCUGGUGAUGAUGAUGAAGAUGAGGGCAAAUGGAAUUGGUAUAUUUCUUAAGGAAAUAUCCUGAAAUCAUGAAUUGCUAAAUGGUACAGUACUAAUGAAUUAUAUUGAUUGGUGGUAUUAAAACUGAAUUGUUAAAUGGUUUUAAAUAUUAUUGAAAUUCUAAACUGCUGAAUUGUCACAGGCAAUAACUCAGAAACAAGUUUUAUUAAAUCUGAUCUAAAUUGUUGCCUCUAAUGCAGACAAACUUUGAUGUAUUUGAGAACAAAUAACUAAAAAUUAAUUGAAAUCUCAUUUGACAACAGAAAAUAGUUUUUGUCCCAAACACAGUUUUCUGUAUGUAUAUAUUAGGGAAUGACCAUGAAUGAACUAUGUUUUGGAAACUGAAUAUGAAUUAAAAUUUUGAGGAAUU